AUGGCCAUCUCCUUCGACAACCCCGGACCGGUGGUGACGAAGCCGCAAAAACUGGCGCACGUGGUAUUGAAAACCAAGGCGGAAAAGUUCAAGGCCAUGGUCGACUACUACAAGACAUUCCUGGGCGCCGAAGCCAGCUACGAGAACGACUUCCUGUCGUUCCUGACCUACGACGACGAGCACCACCGCAUAGCCAUCGGCAUCUUCCCCGGGGUCAAGGACCGACUGCCCGAGUCGGCCGGGCUGGCCCAUAUCGCGUUUUCCUUCGACACGCUGCACGAUCUGGCCCUGGCGUAUCGCCAGCGCAAGGCCCACGGCAUCCUCCCCUUCUGGUCCGUCAACCACGGUCCCACCACCAGCAUCUACUACCGCGACCCGGAUGGCAACGAGAUCGAGACCCAAGUCGACAACUUCGACAACAACGACGACGCCACCGCCUUUAUGACCGGGCCUAAAUUCGAGGAGAAUCCCAUCGGCGUUGACUUCGACCCUGAAGACUUGAUUCGCAGGCUCGAGGCCGGCGAAGACGAGAAGAGUAUCAAGAAGAGGCCGGAUAUUGGCAAGAGGACGGAUAUUCCGUUCUAG